AGAACACCUGAAGAUCCUGGAAAUAAAUUCUAAGCCAGGGCUCUCAAGUCUCACCCUGGAUAGGGAGAGAAGAGUCUAAAAUUUUCAUCCUGGAAGGGGACUAGCACCUACUUUGAGAGCUGAAGUCCUUCCUGGUUGUUGAAGCGGACCUGCAGAAAAAGGACUGCCCAGAGAAAGUGUGAGUCCUAUCCCAAGAGUCCUGCCCCAUAGUGGAUGGCUGACCAGAGUAGAAGACCAAAAGAUACCCCUGCAACAACCAGGUAAAGGCUGGAUUAUUUAGUUAUGACUCAAUUUAUGUUUUAAAUACAGAGCAGAACUUGAGGAUUGAAAUCCCUAGACCAAGAGUAGGAAGUUCUUUAAGGAGCCAGGAUCACUAAACCCAGCACCAUGCCCCUGCCCCUGCCCUACCCUAGGCAGCCCCUAGCUUCCUAGAAAGGACUGAAUGAAAAGGGGUAGGAGUUUGCAUUAGGGAGAGGUGGGUAAGAGGGGAAUGAGGGCUGGGUACAAGAUUAGAAGAAAGAAGGAGAUAAGAGGUUGAGGUUGUAGCAGCUAGAGGAUGAGAGGCAGAGGGUGUAGGGUUUGGAGAUAAGGGUAUUACUGAAUCCUAGUCAGGAAUGGAGGUGUUCCUCUAGGCCCACAGUGGAAAAAGGAGCUCAUGAAUCUGUCUCCAACAAGUCAGGGACUAACUCUGGAGACCCCAGGGCCUGCUGGCAAGAGGUUGGCAUUCCUGGAACAAGACUAGGCAGAAAGAAGAAGAUAAUAUUUCUUGGUCCUUUCACCUGUUUUGAUAACAGCAACCUGGCACCAAAGAGUGGGGGUUUUUGUUGUUGUUGUUGUUGUUUUGUUUUUUUGAGACAGUCUGUUACCCUGAGUAGAGUGCUACAUGACGUCAUAGCUCAUAGCAACCUCAAACUCCUGGGUUCAAGCAAUUCUUCUGCCUCCAGCUCCUGUGUAGGCACCCAAAUCAAAGGUAGAGGAGGAGGAGAGAGAAGGAAGUUUCCAGGCUGAGCAGCAUGAAGGAGCCCUCAUCUACCAGCAGCCUCCUUCUGCUGCUACUGUUGCUCCUACUCCCAGACCCUAAAGCAGCAUUGCUAAUACCACCCAGUGCUACCUGCUGUACUCAGCUCUACCGACAGCAACUCUCAAACAAGCUACUGAGGAAGGUCAUCCGGGUGGAACUUCAGGAGGCUGAUGGGGACUGUUAUCUCCAGGCUUUUGUGCUUCACCUGGCUCGACGCAGCAUAUGCAUCCACCCCCAGAACCACAGCCUCGCUCAGUGGUUUAAGCAACAAGGGAGAAGGCUCCAGGGGAGUCUACCCAACCUGAAUUUGGAGCUGCUUGAGAAGAUGGACCGGAGCCCCCAACAGCCAAAAUAAUAAAUCAGCAUUCAACAAUAAUCU